UUAUUUCAAGGAAAUUGAUCCCAAUAAAUUAACUUCAUUUACUUGUAAGGUACGUAAUCAUUCUGUAGUUUCAGAAAAACAAAACGAAUAUGAUCAUAAACAACCUGUACAAGUUGAAUCUCAUAAUGAGUCUAGUGUUACACAUACAACCCCUCAACAAAUUGCAACACAGAAUGCAAAUUUAGAUAUGAAGCAACAUUUAGAUGUUCAAAAUGUUGCAGCAUCAAAUGAAAACAUUCAAAUGGAAGAUACAACUGAAGGUGGACACUCAAAAAGUAUUACAGGUUCAGUUAUUCCGGUAUUAGGAGUUCCUUUUAUUUCUUUUCUGCUAUAUAG